AUGGAGAAUUCCGACGCCUUUGGAUCGUCGACUGCCACUCCAACGUGGCAGUACUUCCUCGAACGCAUGCGCCACCCCUCCGCUGCCGAUUUCGUCAAAGCCAUUAAAAGUUUUAUAGUGUCCUUUUUCAAUAAUACACCGGAUGCCGAAAGGGACAGCACAGCUAUGCAGGAGUUCCUUGGGAAUAUGGAAGCGGCAUUUAGGUCACACUCCCUUUGGGCUGGAUGUUCAGAGGAGGAGCUAGAGAGUGCUGGUGAAGGACUGGAAAAAUAUAUCUUGACAAAGUUAUUUACACGCGUAUUUGCUGCAAUUCCGGAAGAUGUGGAAGUUGACAAGCAACUUCAUGAAAAGAUGGCUUUGAUUCAACAAUUCGUUCGGCCAGAAAACUUGGAUAUCAAGCCAACCUUUCAAAAUGAAACAUCGUGGUUGCUUGCGCAGAAAGAGCUGCAAAAGAUUAAUAUGUACAAGGCACCAAGAGAUAAACUUGUCUGCAUUCUCAAUUGUUGCAAGGUCAUCAAUAACCUACUGAUCAAUGCCUCCACUGCAGCCAAUGAAGAUCAUCCAGGAGCAGAUGAAUUUCUACCUGUUCUCAUAUAUGUCACCAUAAAGGCAAACCCUCCACAACUGCAUUCCAACUUAUUGUAUAUACAACGGUACAGGCGACAAAAUCGUUUGGUAGCAGAAUCAGCCUACUAUUUCACAAACAUGCUUUCCGUGGAGUCUUUUAUUAUGAAUAUCACUGCACAAGCCCUAUCAAUGGAUGAAAGAGAGUUUGAAACAAACAUGGAAUCUGCUCGAGUACUCCUUUAUGACCUUUCUGAAAGUUCAGAUGUACUGAGUCAAACGGAUCAAAGAGUUGGACACACUCCCAGGACACAGGUGGUGGAACCCAAACAACCUUUGAGUCGGAAGCACCAGGACUCAACAGUGUCAGGUCAGUUCUCAGUCCACUCAUCUGAAAUGAAAUCCAAGAACGGGGAAUCAAACUUAAAAGAUCACUUGUCCAUGAAUAAAAUUCCAUCGAUCUCGGAUCUUGAAAAUAAAGGUGCUACCAUGCUUUUAAAGGAAGAAGAAGUAAACCAUGUCUUUAAGGAUUUCCCGUACUUGUAUUCGCAAGCUGGUGAUCUGACAGUUUCCGAUGUAGAAGACCUGCUAAACAAUUACAAGCAACUCGUAUUCAAGUAUGUGUGUCUUGCCAAAGGAUUGGGUGUUGGAACUCCGUCUGCUCUAGUGGCAGAUACCCGAGGUCAAAAGGAUGAUCAGACUGAAAUUGUGAAGGAAUCAGAAAACAUUGGUGAAGGGACAUCAAAUGAUGAAAUGCACAAGGACCUUUCUAAAUUAUCUUCUGAUUUAGUUGAAGCAUCACAUUUUGAGUCGGAAAAUUCUGAAUCCGAGUUGUCAGAAGAAAAUUCUGAGUCAAAACUGCCAGAAGCAGCAGCUGUUCAAACUCAAGGAAGUAGGAUAAAAAGGUCUGUAAGCAGUGUAAUCAGUGCAAAGGUUGAGAAAAAUUGA